AUAUGCGCAAAAACUGUAUUGACGCUGUAGCGUCCCUUGGAAUUGAUUCGAUUAUGGAGAAACCUGUAUUAACUCAAGUGUCCAUAAUAUCUCUGGCUGUUACAGGCCUUUAUGCAGCUGGAGCAUUUGUUUUUGCCUUUAGCGUGGGGAAAUCCCAAUCCAGAAUUAAUAAGCUGAUAAUCGCUUGGCUAGUUUUUGAUGCAUUAAUUCACUUUACCUUGGAGGGACCAUUUGUGUACUGGUCAUUGGUUUCAACAGUAGAGAAAUCAAAACAUUUCACAGCCCAAGUUUGGAAAGAAUAUGCCCUUGCUGACAAAAGAUGGGGCAUGUCAGAUCCAACCAUUGUAUCAUUAGAAAUUCUGACCGUUUUCAUCACUGGACCUCUGGCUGUUUGGUUAAUCUACAUUGUAUUGAAGAAGAAACCAUACAGGCACUUCAUUCAGAUUGUGCUCUGUGUAUGUGAACUCUAUGGAGGAUGGAUGACAUUUUGUCCAGAAUGGUUGACUGGUAGUAAGAAUCUUAAAACGGACAACUUUUUGUACAUGUGGAUCUAUCUGGUUUUCUUCAAUGGAAUCUGGGUUGUGAUUCCAGUUCUGCUUCUCUGUCAGUCGUGGCUUGAAAUGACAGUGACAGGGGAGGUCAAACAAACCAAGGUCAUAGAAAGUGUGACCACCACAUCUGUCACCCAUAAUUAUAACACCCGGUCUCGAAAGAAAAUGGAAUGAGACAGACUGCAUUUGGAAUUAAUGAAUUUUGUUUUCAGAUUUUUAAAAAUUCAUAAAAUUCAAUACAUGUACUAUAAAACACGCUUAUAAUGAACUUGCUGAUAAUGAAUUCAUGAUUAUUGUGAACUGAUAUUUAUUCUCCUAUGAGAGGAAAAUAGCCAAAAUUUUAUUGGAUAUAAAAUAGUUUGGUUACAACAAGCUGGCCCCGGAGGUUCGCUAUAACUGUGUUUUACUUUACUGGGAAUUAUUCAAGAAUAUUUUUUCAAUAAUGGUAAUAGUACCCCAUGCAAACAAAAAAGUAUUUGACAAUCACCAUGUUUGUCUGCAGGUCCCAUUUGAAUGAGUGCAACUUGAAUGAGUAUCAUAUCUUUGUACUGAAAACUUUCGUAGAAAAAUGCUGCUAAUGACAGAAGUUUGUCACUAUUUUGACACAAAUAGAUUUUUGUAAAGAUAGCUGAAUUGGAUGUCAUUUUCAUAGGAUAGUAGAAGUUCACAACUAACUCAAUGGUGUAUCAUGACAUUCAGUCAAGGGUGCACGGAUGACAUCAUCUUUAAUGUUAACAAGAGAGAGGAGGGCAACGGUUGUGUUGGUUUUUUUUAUUGGACAUGAAUUCUUUUUGUGUCUUUGAUUAAUCUCUUUAUAAACUGUUUUGUUAGUAUGAAUUUACAUGACUGGUUUACAUUUUUAUGCACCAGGGAAGAUAAGAGGUCACACAGAAGUGACAUUGUGAAUAUGUCAAACUGAAUGCACCUUGUAUUUGCUGUGUUGUUUACUAUAUAAUCACUUAAAAUGUGCAAGACUGUAUCUAAGCAUUGAAUGUUUAUUUGUAUAUGUCUGUGUAUCUAAGCAUUGAAUGUUUAUUUGUAUAUGUCUGUGUAUCUAAGCAUUGAAUGUUUAUUUGUAUAUGUCUGUGUAUCUAAGCAUUGAAUGUUUAUUUGUAUAUGUCUGUGUAUCUAAGCAUUGAAUGUUUAUUUGUAUAUGUCUGUGUAUCUAAGCAUUGAAUGUUUAUUUGUAUAUGUCUGUGUAUCUAAGCAUUGAAUGUUUAUUUGUAUAUGUCUGUGUAUCUAAGCAUUGAAUGUUUAUUUGUAUAUGUCUGUGUAUCUAAGCAUUGAAUGUUUAUUUGUAUAUGUCUGUGUAUCUAAGCAUUGAAUGUUUAUUUGUAUAUGUCUGUGUAUCUAAGCAUUGAAUGUUUAUUUGUAUAUGUCUGUGUAUCUAAGCAUUGAAUGUUUAUUUGUAUAUGUCUGUGUAUCUAAGCAUUGAAUGUUUAUUUGUAUAUGUCUGUGUAUCUAAGCAUUGAAUGUUUAUUUGUAUAUGUCUAUGUAUCUAAGCAUUGAAUGUUUAUUUGUAUAUGUCUGUGUAUCUAAGCAUUGAAUGUUUAUUUGUAUAUGUCUGUGUAUCUAAGCAUUGAAUGUUUAUUUGUAUAUGUCUGUGUAUCUAAGCAUUGAAUGUUUAUUUGUAUAUGUCUGUGUGUGGAUAAUACGCAAUAGUGUGUGGUAACGCAGGUCAUUUAUUUUUAAUUGCAAUCCGCUCCGUCCAUCUUCGUGCAUUGACGAUUGCAUAUUUUAAACUUUUUGAUACAUGUAACUACAUCACCAUCAAUAAAGCCUCUGUAGGGUAAGAGGAACUUAGAUUGUAAAUUCCAUGACUUUUACACUUCAGGGGCUAUAGUACAUGUACUAAGUAGAAAGACAGGAAUUCCAAAACAUGGACUCAAUUUUAAAUAUUUUCUUUAGUUUUCGCAUCUGAAAAGAAAAGUAAAUACGUAGUUUUGCAGAACAGAAAGUCCUCUCAAAAAACGUUUUAUACCCGGGACAGAACCACAAUGGAUGUAUAAUGUUAAUGUCUGAUGUUCAAAAUUCUUUAGUUCUGUACAUCUGAAAGGAAAACUGAAUGCAAAGUAAUGCAGAGCCGGAAGCUGUGAAUUUCAUGAUCUUUGGGCAGGGAUUCUGUCUCUAGGGUGCGGUCAAAUGUUAAUGUUAUAAAAUCUUUUAUCUGAAUUCAGUUAGACAAGAGCUUUAUCAGCUGUCAGCAAAAAUGAUAGAUCCCAGUUCCCCUGGGGCAGGGGAGGGGGAGUCAAGUUGGGGAGGUCUGCCACAAUCGAUAUUUGAAGAGGAUAUAUAUGGUCAUCUACAAGUUUUAUAUUUCAUUCCCCUAUUUUUUAAGAUUGCAUAUACAUUAGCUAGUCCCUGGGGCGAGAUAAACUGAACGUUAACGAGUCCAGUUUGAGGUUUGUGUCUCAGCACAUGGCGUAGUUUUGACUUUUUGUUACGGUAAUGACAUGACAUGUAUUAUUUCUACAAUUUUUAUCAUGUUUAUUGUACGCUUAACAUUUCUUAUAUUUUCUUCCUAAUAAAUACCAUAACAACGAAAA